AUGGCUCUUAGACGCCUGUCGGCGCUGACUCUGCUGUGCCAUGGCGUCAUUGCCGGGCCGUUGGGCCCGCAGACUUUGGAUGCACGCUCGGCGCCGCAGACUCGGAAGUUGCACGGCAGGUUCCUGCAUAUCACGGACUUCCACCUGGACGAAUACUAUAAAGUACACUCCUCGACUGACGAAGAUGGCGCAUGCCACCGGGGCAACGGGCCCGCGGGUCCCUACGGUGCCGAGACCUCGGAUUGCGACAGUCCCUCCUCCCUCGUGAACGCGACAUUCGACUGGAUCGCCGCAAACCUUAAGGACACCAUCGACUUUGUCGUCUGGACCGGCGACAGCGCCCGCCACGACCGCGACGAGGACCUGCCCCGCAACGCCGACCAGGUCCUCGGCACCAACACCUGGCUCGCCGACAAGUUCGCCGACCUUUUUGCCGACGAUCAAGGCAAGGGUAUGGCCAUCCCUGUCGUGCCCAACUUUGGCAACAACGACAUCCUCCCGCACAAUAUCCUGCUGCCAGGGCCCAACAAGUGGUUUCAGCACUACGCCCACAUCUGGCGCCGCUUCAUCCCCGAGGAGCAGCGCCACAGUUUCGAAUAUGGCGGCUGGUUCCACGUCGAAGUCAUCCCCAACAAGCUGGCCGUCUUCAGCCUGAACACCUUGUACUUCUUCGACCGCAAUGCCGGCGUCGACGGGUGCGCGAAGCCCUCGGAGGCCGGGUACAAGCAGCUCGAGUGGCUCUCGGUGCAGCUGCAGUUUCUGCGCGAACGCGGCAUGAAGGCCAUUCUGAUGGGCCACGUGCCGCCUGCCCGCACCGAGAGCAAGAUGCUGUGGGACGAGACGUGCUGGCACAAGUACUCGCUGUGGGUGCACCAGUUCCGCGACGUUGUCGUGGUCGGGCUGUACGGGCACAUGAACAUCGACCAUUACAUUAUCGCCGACAGCAACGACAUCAACUUUGCGGCGAUGACCGCGUCGUCGGAGUUCGGAGCCCGUCAAGCGAUGGAGGAGGAGUUCUCGUUGCAGUCGGCGUCGGACUAUUUGAUGGAGCUGCGCCACAACUGGGCCAAGCUCACGCCGCUACCCGCGGCUGACAAGCACGUCAGCAGGGAGGGAAAGCGAAGGAAAGGCAAGAAGAACAGAGACCCUUGGGGCGAGCGCUACCACCUAUCCUUAGUCUCGGGCAGCAUUGUGCCGAACUACUUCCCCACCCUCCGCGUCCUCGAGUACAACAUCACGGGACUCGAAGACGCGCCGGUCUGGCGCGACACCCUACGUACAGACAUCCGGGAGUCGGAUCACCCACAGAAACACCUCGAACUGCGCCGCUACGAGCUCGACGACAUUGACACCACAAUACCCAGCGACACCAAAAAGAAGCACAGGAAGAACAAAGAUUCCAAAAAGAAGAAGCCCCCAACCCACGACCCAAACCUGCACAUCCCCGCCCCGCCGUCCACAUCCGCACCGCCCGGGCCAGCCUACUCCCCGCAACCUCUCACCCUGACGGGCUACACGCAGUACUUCGCCAACCUGACACACAUCAACAAUCUCAACCUCACCUCCAACGCAACCACAGCUCUCGACCACAACGACAGUAAUGCCGUCGAUGGUGGUGGUCAGCGGGAAAGAUGGCGGGACAGUUGGUGGUCGUUAGUGCCGACGCGCUGGCGAGACGGGAAGCACGGCGGCAAGAAACCUGCGGCGCCCCGCCCGCCCGAGCCGAGGGAGUUUGCGUUUGAGGUCGAGUACUCGACGUUUGAGGAUAAAGUCUAUCGGCUGGACGAUUUGACGGUGAAGAGCAUGGUUGGGUUGGCGGUCAGGAUUGGGGAGGGGGGUGUGUUUGAUGAACGGAAAGGUGAUGUGGUGAGUAAGGAGGUGUGGGAUGAUAAUGACGACGAUGGCGAUGAUGAUGUCGAUGUGGAAGAGGACGAGGAAGAGCAAGAAAAGAGCGAUGAUGGUGAGGAUGAGGACGACGACGAGGAGGAGGUGAAAACGGAAAAGAAAAAGAAGAAGGGUGGGAAAGGGAACAAGGGGAGAAAAGGAAAGAAGAAGAGGAAGCAGAACAAGACGUGGCUGCAUUUCCUGAGGCAUGCGUUUGUCUGCACCCUGGAAAAGGAUGAGCUGAAGGAGUUGGCCUGA